AUGUCAAGCUUCGGACCAUUGGAAAUAUUACUCUUCAGUUUAGCCUUCGUAUAUGUGGUGGUGAUAGAAGGUGUUUCUUUAAGAAAUAUCAACAGACUGUCAGAUAGUGAGCAUGUACAUAUGAGUGAUGUGUAUGAUACAUUAAAUAGAAAUAAUGUAUGGAAUAGAAUGCGAAACUGGCAGAGACCAAUCAGUCCCCAGCAAGAACUAUCUCAAGUUAAGGAUUUACCCGAGAUGAGUGAUGUGUAUGAUACAUUAAAUAGAAAUAAUGUAUGGAAUAGAAUGCGAAACUGGCAGAGACCAAUCAGUCCCCAGCAAGAACUAUCUCAAGUUAAGGAUUUACCCGAGGUACUGGAAGAGUUGGAAUUAAAUGAAUUUUAUGGAAAGGUUUAUAAUGACAAAGUGAAAGACUGUGAAAUAUUGGUAGUGGAUUUUAAUGCUACCUUUGACGCAUCUGUGAUCUAUGUUGGCCUUCAUCAUGGUAAAUCAUACAUCGAUAUGCUGGAAAAUAAGUGUGGUUUGGGCAUUUGCUUCAUUCACGAAAGCAAUAGUAACCAACACCGACUAAUAGUCGUCCAGAAAACCUCCUAUAUUCAAUCUUCCGUGGUUCCACUUGUCGUGUUUUCCAUGAUUCCAAGUCUGAAGGAUACCGUCAACAUUGAAUUCCAUCCGCCUGGAAGACGGCAAGGACCACGACCAACUGAAAAUAGUUCCAAUAUUUCAUCUUACAACAGUCCCUCCUUUACAAUUAGAUACGAGCAAACCGAAGAUCUUGUUUUCGAUCCAGCAACUUCUCCCAGUUCAGCAGACAUUGUUGCUCAUGUGACAACAAACGAUGGAAAUGUUUUACAUUCGAGUAUUUCUGCUUACAUGGAAACUGGUACUGAUUAUGCACCACGAAUUCUUACUCAAGUUAAUCCUUUAGAUGAAAAACAUGGCGUUUUCAAUAUUAUGGUUGAUUUAACAGAUGUUGAUGGAAACAAUGGAGUUUUGAUGACAAAUAUGAUCCUGAAUUCCCAAGGAAAUCCAUUUGGAUUAUCAAUAUACAUUAACAUCAAAC